UCGUUUUUUCACUCUUUAAGGUUGCUGCAUUCACCUAUAACUUAGCUAACACAGUAGAUUUGCAUGCACUACUGUGCAAAAUUGCUAUAGCGAAUGGUGUUAAAUGACAAAGUCACCUCGACUACAUCUCUACCUUUUGAUCCAGAGCUCAUGUCAGUUCCUGGAAGCAUUAUCCCUGCGCUGAUAACAAAGCCCCUCUUGUAUUCUUGCCUAUAGACUGCUCCUCAGUAGCUGCUGUGUAAACAGGUCCUACACAUGGUGCCCUGUGCUUUCCUGUCUGUGCAGACACUGCGCUAUUUGUCUGCUCUACACACUCUCUUUAGUGUAUUCUGGAAUUUCUGACUCCCCUGUGACACCACUGGACAUGUUAGGUUUAUUUGUAUGGCACUUACGCACAGCCCUGAGAGAGUUGGACUACCAGGACCCCCAGGUCCACAGGGACCCCCUGGAACACCGGGCAAGGAUGGAAUAGAUGGUGAACUUGGCCCCCCUGGUUUACCUGGAACCCCAGGUCCAAAAGGAGCCCCUGGAAAACCAGGAGAACCUGGAAAACCCGGACUGUCUGGACUGCCAGGUAUUGAUGGACUAACUGGGCCUGAUGGGAAACCUGGCCCUGACGGACCACCAGGAGAACGGGGAGAUUUAGGACCACCCGGACCUGAUGGAGCUCCAGGAAGAGGACCACCUGGACCCCCUGGUCUUGCUGGACCAAGUGGUUUACCUGGAGGUAAAGGGCCCCAAGGUCCCGCGGGACCCGCUGGCCCACCAGGACUUCCUGGACCUGCAGGACCACCAGGCCCUCCGGGUCUUCCUGGAGUUGUUCCUGAUGGAAAUGGAGACCUACAGUGUCCAGCUGUUUGCCCACCAGGACCCCCCGGCCCACCUGGAAUGCCAGGAUUUAAGGGACACACAGGACACAAGGGAGAACGAGGAGAAGUUGGAAAGGACGGUCAAAAGGGUGAGGCCGGUCCUCCUGGGUCUCCAGGAAUCCCUGGAAGUGUAGGCUUACAGGGCCCAAGAGGUGCAAGAGGCCUGACUGGACCCGUGGGACCAGCAGGAGACAGGGGACCGACUGGAUUUAGAGGACCCCCUGGUCGCCCAGGACCCCCCGGGAAAGCUGGGGAUCAAGGAGUAAGAGGACCUCAGGGAUAUUUUGGGCCUAAAGGUGACACUGGCAAAGCUGGUCCCAAGGGAAUGCCGGGCGGUCCAGGUCCCAUAGGAGAGCCGGGAAUGCCCGGAAAGGAUGGACGUGAUGGGACCUCUGGCCUGGACGGUGAGAAGGGAGAUCGUGGAAGACCAGGAGUUCCUGGUGAGAAAGGACCAAAUGGACUCCCGGGACUUCCUGGUAAGGCUGGAACUAAGGGAGAGAAGGGUCAACUGGGCAGCCAUGGAGAAUUAGGAGAAGCCGGACCCUCUGGAGAGCCAGGUAUUCCCGGUGAAGCUGGACCUCCAGGAGAGAGAGGAGAGGCUGGACCCAGAGGAGGACAUGGUGGUGUUGGUCUGCAAGGACCUAUUGGGGCUCCCGGCGUGCGUGGUUUCCAGGGUCCAAAAGGCAACAUUGGUGACCCCGGUUUACCUGGACCUACUGGAAUCCGUGGUGGAUUUGGAGAACGGGGUCCCGUGGGAGCUGCUGGCCCCAAAGGCAACCAGGGUAUUGCUGGAUCUGAUGGACUUCCAGGAGACAAGGGUGAGAUGGGACCAUUUGGCCCAGUUGGACAGAAAGGAGAGUCAGGAGUGAGAGGUGAACCCGGUCCUAAAGGUAUUGCCGGACCCAAUGGUACAUCUGGUGUCCCAGGAGUCCCCGGCCCACCAGGUCCAAUGGGCUUCCAAGGAGAACAAGGAGUCCCUGGAAUCACUGGAAAACCUGGCGUCCCUGGCAAGCUGGCAAGUGAGCAGCAUAUUCGGGAGUUGUGCGGUGGAAUGAUCAACGAUCAAAUUGCACAACUAGCAGCUAAUCUAAGAAGACCUCUGGCUCCAGGGUUGGUUGGUCGACCAGGUCCUGCUGGACAACCUGGUGUACAAGGUGCUCCAGGACGUCCAGGGCAUCAAGGUAGUCGUGGACCCCCAGGAUACAGAGGACCGACGGGAGAUUUGGGCUCUCCAGGUCCAAGAGGUAAUCAAGGUGACAAAGGAGACAAAGGACAGGUUGGAAGAGGCAUUGAUGGACCACCUGGUGAUCAAGGGGAGCCAGGUCCACAAGGAGUACUUGGAAUAAGCAGAGAUGGCCGGGAUGGCUCCUAUGGUGAGCCUGGUUACCCUGGUGAACCUGGAAGAGCCGGUACAAUAGGAGCUCAAGGAACUCCUGGAAUAUGUGACACAUCUGCUUGCCAAGGUGCAGUUUCUGCAGGAAAAUCUGGUUUCAAAAAGUCUUAAAGACUGCAAUGAACAUAGAGAAGGAACUGUCUAUUAAAUACAGCAUUCUGUUGUAUGGAAGCCCUUCCCAUAGAAGACCUUCAGGGAGGUAGAACUUCACGGAAAAAAAAAAAGCAAACAAGAAUGGAAUUGUGCACCAGUUCCACCAAAACUGGAGAACAUCUAAAUUAAAGUAUUCUAGACAAUAUAUUAAGUUCACUAAUACCCUUUCGUACCUCUUUGGACCCACCCCCUCCCCUUCUUACUCAUCCUUCCUUUUGGCCAUGUUUCCUUGGCACACUCCUCGUCCUUUAUGUCAGGUUCCAAGCUGCCCACCCAAGACCAAGGAAACCCAUCUUUCUUGCAGUCUAUCCUUGCUGGAGGUAAGUGUACAUAGAAAAUUCCACAGGAGACCGAUUGGUUCCAUUUUUCCAUCUUGAGAACCCUGCUCCACCAGCUGCAGUGUGACUGAAACAUGUUGUAAUCUACCCACCUCCGAAACCUAGACAAGUACUGUAUGAUGUGUUGUAAAAAUAAAGAGUCCAUUUUUUAAGUCAUGUGCAUAUGAUGUCCUGUUUUAGCGCACUGCCUUCACGUACUGGACAAAAUAAAAUGGCUGCAAACUUUGUGAAUAUCAGCGAUUCAAAGACAAUUAGUAUUUAUUUUGGUGAUUUAUAUGUACAAUAAAGCCUGUUGCUUCAUCUGAUGUAAUGACUGAAUAAAGCCACUUUCACCACCCGGAAAAUAACUGGUCAAGCCAUUUGCAAUUUAUUAACAACACAUUGUUGGAUACACAGAGGCAGUUUAAUACUUAUAUAAAGAUACCACUACUACUAAUACUACUGUUUAACACUUGUACAGCCUAAACUAUCCUUUCUAACAAUAUUCCUGGCAAGACUUUUAGAUGUGAGAUGUGAAUAGUGGUAAGUGAACUGCCCUAUUAUAGAGGUGUGUACAGUACACGUGGCAGUUCUUUUUCCACCUGAAGUUGAAAGAGACUACUAUCCCGAAGAAUUACAGCGGCCUUAAACAUCUAUAUUGCUCAGCUUAUGUACAUAUGGAUGUGAAAGGUACCCAUGGCAGUUCACUUUUUCACCUCAGGUUGGAGACCACUAUCCCUGAGCAUUACAGUUUGUCUAAACUUCUAUAAUGAUCAGCUUCUAUAAACUGAGAUGUGGAAAGUACCCCUAGCUGUUCCUAUGUCUCCUCAGGAUGGAGACUAUUACAUUACAUUGAGGAUUACAAUUGCCCUAAAUGUAUAUAUUGCUCGAGUUCUAUAUAUAGGGGCUUAAAAAAAGUACCCAAGGCAGUUCCUAUGUUGUAGACUACUACUUCAGAGGUUUACAACUGCCCUAAUUGUCUAUAUUGAUCAGCUUCUUUAGACUAGGGUCUGAAAUGUACCCAUGGCAGUUCCAGGUAGAGCAAACCAGGAGCAGCACUUGUACUCCCUGUAAACCUCCAUUACAUUCUGUCAAAUUAAGCAAAUUAAUGGUGAAAUUCUGUGGUUGCUUUGUGAAAAAACUCCAAGUUUCCUUAGCAAUGUUUUUUUUAAGAAUAAGCCCUAUGUUUGGGUUUGUACACUGCCUAUUGAGCCCAGCUCAUCAAAAACAGAUGUCAAACCCCCCACAGGAAGAGAACACUGUGCCCCUCUUGAGGAGGUUAGUACCCACAAAAAAAAGUUGCAUUUGCUUAUUUAAUCUAUCAUAUACAGUCUACCGUGGAAUAACUAUAGACUUGACCCAGUGACUGUGCCCCUAAAUUUACCAUAUAGGGCAAUUGCAGCACCACUUCUCAUCAAUGCUUAAUGCUCCAUUAGAACUGCAAAACAAAGCCUGAUUUCUGCUAAUAGUAGAUCUACAGGGUGGGCCAUUUAUAUGGAUACACC